CUUUAACGUAGGCCCUUCUUGCCUGACGUCGGAGACGCACAGUUAUCUGAGCGUGCCCGGAAGAAGGAGGUCCUUUCCAUUGCAGACGCAGCCAUGGUGAGAUGGAUUCUCUGUUACCUUGCGUUUUCAAUCCAUUGCCAUCUUCGUUAUCUAUCAUGUUUUCACUUGUUGCAGUCAUAUAAAAAUAGAGUAUAGCUCUCUGUUAGACGGGCCCGGCCUGUAGUGUUGGGAUUUACUAUACUGGGGGGUGUAAACGGAGGGAAUCCGCUAUGGGUGCAGCUGUGGGCCGCCAUUCUGCCUGGCUGCUACAUAGGAGAUCACGUGAGGGGUCUGCUCUGUGCUGGAUGUUAUAAGUGAGAGUUCAGGUUUUAUCUCCGCAUGUUCAGUCGUAAAGUGCGAUAACUAAAUUCCCCCAUACACUCAGUAUGCUUGAUCUGCAGAGUCCUUGUAUUGUAAUGGGCCUCCUUCUCUUGUAGCUAUGGUAUAUAUGUAGUAUAGUAACGUGGCUAGCAUAAGCAGUGUUUCUGUCCCUGUAUUGUGUGCAUGGAUGCUUUGUAUUACUCUUGUAAAGUAGUGUGAACUCUCCUUGUCCCAUAUCUCAUCUUUAUAAUGUAUGCAAUAACUACUUAACUGUGUUUUAGUUAGAGGCUGGAGUGUGUGUGUUAGGCAUUUGAAAAGUAGCUCUUGAGCUUUUAGUAUGUUAACUGCAAGAGGAGUAGGGCCUGAACUACCAAAAGAAAAGUAAAACGACUUGUCUGUCCACUGUGGUAUACACUGACCGGGAGCAAGAGUAAAUUUGGUAUAGACAUUCAGUGUUUAAGGUAUAUAAGCGAUGAUGUAUUGAGGUUUUGCUAAAUAUCAAGGAUGUUGCAUUUAAUGUGAGAUGCAUGCACAAUAAUUCAACUUUUCCUCCUUACCUAGGCUCGUGGACCCAAGAAGCAUUUGAAGCGUGUUGCAGCUCCCAAGCACUGGAUGCUGGAUAAGCUGACCGGUGUCUUUGUGAGUAUCUAUUUUUUUUUCCUUUUAAAUUUCUUACUAAGCUUGGUUUUGUGGGGGGAACUAAAACAUUAGUAAACUUUUUUGUUUGACACCAUUGGAUUGUCAGGAUAUCUUUUUACUGUGAGGACAUGUCCUUUUUAAAUCAUUCUUGUGGGUAAUUCUAUAUUAGAUGAAGGUGAGUGUGACCAUUAAAGGACCACUAUAGGCACCCAGACCACUUCAGCUCAAUGAAGUGGUCUGGGUGCCAGGUCCAUCUAGGGUUAACCCUGCAGCUGUAAACAUAGUUUCAGAGAAACUAUGUUUACACUAGGGUUAAUCCAGCCUCUAGUGGCUGUCUCAUUGACAGCCGCUAGAGGCACUUUCUGACUGUGAUUUUCACAGUGAGAAGACGCCAACAUCCAUAGGAAAGCAGGACUGAUUGCAUGCGCGCGCGGCCGCGGAUGAUGUCAGAAGAGGGGGAAGAGUCCCCGGCGCUGGAGAACAGUAAGAGUUUAACCCCUUCCUUCCCCUUCAGCCUGGCGGGAGUGGCAUUCAGAGGGUGGGGAGACCUAAAGACCCUAUAGUGCCAGGAAAACGAGUUUGUUUUCCUGGCACUAUAGUGAUCCUUUAAGUACAAAUAGUGUAUUGUGCUUAUAUAUGGGAUAACUGUAUUAUGACUUAUUGGCUCUUAAUACGCUUGGUGCCGAUGUAACGUUUAUUAAAGGUGCACCACACUUGUGUAUAAUAGAAUAGCGUGUAUAUAUAUUUUUUUCGCAAUCAUAGUGACUAAAACACUUCUCCACUGUAGCUUAAACCUGAAUCUUUAUCUUUUUUUCCCCCUAUUUACAGGCACCUCGUCCAUCCACUGGUCCCCACAAGCUCCGCGAGUGUCUGCCCCUCAUCAUCUUCCUAAGGAAUCGAUUGAAGUAUGCUUUGACUGGUGACGAGGUCAAAAAGAUUUGCAUGCAACGUUUCAUUAAGAUCGAUGGCAAAGUCCGAACAGAUAUUACAUAUCCAGCGGGAUUUAUGGGUGAGUACUAAUGUAAGAAGUGCUUAGUUUGGUAUUUUUGAGUUAUCAGUGGUUGCAGUUUUAUCCAUUUAUGAAUUUCAUGUGUGCCCUGUAUUAAAACGGGGGCAUUUUAUUUUUCAUUGUUUAGUUUGCUCUAUCAAAAUGUGUCAACAUUCUAAUCCUUCUCUACAUAGAUUUGGAGAAUAUUUUGUAGUUUAUCAAGUUAAAUUGUGCCAGAGAAGAUUCUAACAGACCAAGUGGCUUCAUGUUUAAAUAUUAAUAAAACUCAGGAUUUAAAAAAACAAAACAAAAAAAAAACCCAAACAAAAACAAGAGAUAUGUAAUCUGGUGGCGCAUUUUCCCUUCACAUAAACCUUUUUAUAUAAUUGACUGGAAACAACUCUUUUCUCUAAUCCAUGUACAAAACAUUUUUAUCAUUGUUUUUCAGUCUGUCGUAUAUUUAAAAUGAGCUCUGUACUUGUUGAGAAACUGGAAACUAGCAAAUUGUUAAAGGGGCACUGUAUCUGUGUCAUUUCGUUGAACUGGUUAAAGUGUCUGGUGUCCUUUUAUUCAGUUUUUUUAUUUUAUAUUUUAAUGCUUAAAGGGAUUUUAUAGUGUAAGGAAUACAUAUCUGUAUUCCUAACACUAUAGUCCCCUCUGGUUUCUGUAGUCGGGAGGGGUGGCUCAUGCGCCCGCCGUGUAUUAGACCCUUACUAUAGAUGAGCAUAGACUGAUUUCAACAGAAGCAGGAUGAAUAUGUAAUACAGCUGUCGGAAAUUAAUGAAUGGACAGUAAUCCAGUCUAACUACCUCUUUAUCAGGGUUAUUUACUAAAGGUGAGAAUUCGAAGUGCAUUUCAACUUUUAAGGCCAGAGUAAUUAAACUGAUAGCAUAGCUGAGUGAACUGUUCCAGUUUUGGCUAUUUACAUUUACAAUUAUAUUUGAAUUCUCCUUUUAGUGAAUAACCGUGUAAAAUGUAUAUAAACUAUAAGAACGUUUAAUUUUAAAUUACGUAAUGAUUCUGAAGUCCUGUAAUUUUGUUUUGAGCUGGGCUUUGUUGUGGUUUUUUUUGUUUUUCUUCUGUUGAUGUGGGCAAGGAGUACGGUAAAUAUUCUGUCACACUCAGACCUAUUGCAUACAUUGUUCCACAGAUGUCAUCAGCAUUGAGAAGACUGGUGAACAUUUCCGUCUGGUAUAUGACACCAAGGGUCGGUUUGCCGUCCACAGGAUCACAGCCGAAGAGGCCAAGGUGAGAGAGGCAAUAAUGGUUCUGAAUAAAUGAAUACACAAUUGUUUGUCAUGUUUAAAGGGAGCACUAUAAUUUCUUAAAAUCCGUAUCAUUACUCUGUUCUCAGGGCAUUCCAAUAGUUUAGAAUUUAGGUAUUUGCCAAUUUUAUUCUGCUCGAUAAAACAGCUGAAAACUUGAGAUAGAUAUAUAUCUUUUUAAGGUGAUUCUUUUAUUAUAACAUUACAUUUAAAAAAAAGUCCCGAUAAACAUAUCGACACUUAGGGUCUUUUUCAAGAUCUUGAUAAAGACCAUUUAGGGGUCGAAACAUUGAUCGAGAUGGUUUUUAAUAUUAUAAUAAAAGAAUCACCUUUAUAAAAAAAAAAAAAAAAGUGCAUCUACUAGUGUGUAUGUGUGUAUGUGUGUAUGUGUGACAUGUAUUGGCCCUUAUGUAUAUAUAUAUAACAACAUAUAUAUAUAACCAACAAUAUAUAUAUAUAACUGCUACUCUUUCUAUACUUACUCUAACUAUAACACAUAUGUGUACAACUAACUUAACAACAUAUAUAUAUAUAUAUAUAUAUAUAUGUAUAUGUGUAUGUGUAUAUAUAUAUAAUAUAUAUAUAUAUAUAUAUAUAUAUGUAUAUGUAUAUGUGUGUGUAUAUUUUAUUAUUUGUACGCUGUGGAUGCACCAAGAUUUAGCUUGAAUAUGCCUUAAGAGUGAGUGCCAAGACAACUAUAUAUAGAUAUAUACACUGAACAAAAUUAUAAGCGCAACACUGUUUUUGCCCCCAUUUUUCAUGAGCUGAACUCAAAGAUCUAAGACUUUUUCUAUGUACACAAUAGACCUAUAUUUCUCAAAUAAUGUUCACAAAUCUGUGUUAGUGAGCACUUCUCCUUUGCCGAGAUAAUACAUCCACUUCACAGGUGUGGCAUAUCAAGAUGCCGAUUAGACAGCAUGAUUAUUGCAAAUGUGUGCCUUAGGCUGGCCACAAUAAAAGUUCACUGUAAAAUGUGCAGUUUUACUGUAUUUGGAGGAUCCAGGGGAGCUCCGAAAACCAGUCAGUAGCUGGUGUGAUCACCAUUUGCCUCAUGCAGUGCAACACAUCUCCUUUGCAUAGAGUUGGUUAGGUUGAUUGUGGCCAUUGUACUCAAUGCGUGACAUGUCCGGUGAGUAUGCUGGCAAUGCAAGAACUGGGAUGUUUUCAGCCUCCAGGAAUGGUGUACAGAUCCUUGCAACAUGGGGCCAUGCAUUAUCAUGCUGUAACAUGAGGUGAUGGUUGUGGAUGAAUGGCACAACAAUGGGCCUCAGGAUCUCGUCACGGUAUCUCUGUGCAUUCAAAAUGCCAUCAAUAAAAUGCACCUGCGUUCGUUGUUCAUAACAUACGCCUGCCCAUACCAUAACCCCGCCGCCACCAUGGGCCACUCGAUCCACAACGUUGACCUCAGCAAACCGCUCACCUACACAAUGCCAUACACACUAUCUGCCCUGUACAGUGAAAACUGGAUUCAUCCUUGAAGAGAACACCUCCAAAGUGCCAGACACCAUCAAAUGUGAGCAUUUGCCCAUUCCUGUUGGUUACGGCGAAGAACUGCAGUCAGGUCGAGAUCCCGAUGAGGAUAACGAGCAUGCAGAUAAGCUUUCCUGAGAUGGUUUCUGUCAGUUUGUGCAGAAAUUCUUUGAUUAUGCAAACAGAUUGUUGCAGCAGCUGUCCGGGUGGCUGGUCUCAGACGAUCUUGGAGGUGAAGAUGCUGGAUGUGGAGGUCCUGGGCUGGUGUGGUUACACGUAGUCUGCGGUUGUGAGGCCAGUUGGAUGUACUGCCAAAUUCUCUGAAAUGCCUUUGGAGAUGGCUUAUGGUAGACAAAUGAGCAUUCAAUUCACAGGCAACAGCUCUGGUGGACAUUCCUGCAGUCAGCAUGCCAAUUGCACGCUCCCUCAAAACUUGCGACAUCUGUGGCAUUGUGCUGUGUGAUAAAACUGCACAUAUUAGAGUGGCCUCUUAUUGUGGCCAGCCUAAGACACACCUUUACAAUAAUCAUGCUGUCUAAUCAGCGUCUUGAUAUGCCACACCUGUGAGGUGGAUGUAUUAUCUUGGCAAAGAAGUGCUCACUAACACAUUUAAACAGAUUUGUGGACAAUAUUUGAGAAAAAUAGGCCUUUUGUGAACAUAGAAAAAGUUUUCAGCUCCUGAAAAAUGGUGGCAAAAACAAGUGUUGCGUUUAUAAUUUUGUUCAGUGUAUAUAGAUAUUUAUUUAUUUUUUUUUUUGUGGUGAGAUGCUGGUAGAUGUGUGGAGGCGGGAAGACGUCAUACAAUCCUCCUUUUUAAAACAGGUUUCUACUUCUUGAUCAGUAGUUGAUCUUUAUGGUCCUGUUUGAUUUUUCAGUUUUGUAUUUUCUAACACACUUUGCUUUUUUUUUUGUUAUUCCAUUGUCCUAUCUUUUUGACCUUGUUAGGAGUGUCAUGCACUGUCAUAAAUGAAUGGUGAUACACCAUUUUGCUUUUCCUGUCAAGAUGGCUGGGAAGUUUAUCUCCUAGUUCCAGUGGAACUAAUCUCAGAAUUAGGUUAUUGCAAAUAGUGUCUACCUUUGAAAUUCUCUGUGAUGUAAAAAAAAAAAAGCUUGACAAGUGUGUAUGUUUGAUCUGCAAAGUUUGUCAAUGCCUUUUCACUGGGCAUUUCCAUCUCAUCUGUGCCUGGUGAAGUGUAGGGUUUGUAGUUGCUGUAGACACUAGAUAUGCAGCUGAUGCAACUCAAAAUUCCAUAUUCAUAUAAAAAAAAACUACCAAAAAUUAUACAUAUCAUUUUGGAGGAUAUUUACUUUAAUUUUUUUACAUAUAUAAUAUACCUUUUUUUUUUUUUUUUUUUUUUUUGCGUUUGGUUAACAUCUUUUUUUGAUCCUGUUUUCAGUACAAGCUCUGCAAAGUGAGGAAGACCUGGGUAGGAACUAAAGGAAUCCCUCACUUGGUAACACACGACGCCCGUACCAUCCGUUAUCCAGAUCCUCUGAUUAAGGUCAAUGAUACUAUCCAGAUUGACCUCGAAACUGGAAAGAUCACAGACUUCAUAAAGUUUGAUACAGGUAAGUGUAGCACUAGCUCUCUACCCAUCUGUGUUUAGUUUUGCAGACUCUUUGUGAGAAAACUUCUUUACUCAAAGCUCAACUGUUGCAUCAUAUUUUUGCACAAUCAAAGUGGGAUGGUUAUGCUUUUUCCUUCUGUAUACCUGUAUAUUUUUUUAUAAUGAUAGUAAUCACCUGCAAAGAUAGACAAGUGCUUUGAAACGUUUUAGUGCAUAUACACUGGUGCGGUGUAUAAUGCCAGGAGCAUGUGUGCUUGUACGUCAUUUCUCUGGAUCUAUAGACCGUACUUGAAUGCUUUUUGUUUUAAACACUGCCUUUUCAGAGAAACAGCUGUUUACAUUACAGCCUAGGGACACAUCCAGUGGCCACUGGAGGUGCUUCCUGGGGAAGUGCUGCACUGGCGUUCAGCAACUCCACACUCUGCAUGGAAAUACUAAACUUUCCUCGUAGAGAUGCGUUGAUUCAGAGGAGGUGCUGAUUAGCAAAGGCGGCAUUUGGUGCUGUCCUCGGCCCGCCUCCUUGGCUGGGAUCAUCAGAAUUGACUAUCUUAGCUAAUCCAAUGCUUUCCUAUGGGAAAGUGUUGUGAUUGGCUGAGAUCAUAAUGUCUGAUGAAUAAAGCGGUCUUGGUGUAUAGAUUAUGCCCCUCAGAUUUCACUGCUCAAUUCCUUGCCAUUUAGGAUUUAAAUCACUUGUUUCUGUUAAUGCAACCCUAGUCAUAGUUUGUUUAUGUAACCCAAGUCACACUUUCCUGCCUGUGACCUCCAGUUUUCUCAAUACUUCCUGUAAAGAGAGAUCUAAUGUUUACACUUCCUUUUAUUGCACAUUCUGUUUAAUUUAGAUUUUCUCAUCUCCUGCUUGGUUAAUGCCUUCUAGACCCUACAUGACCCUCCUGCAUUUUAAAGUUAUAUUUCCAGAGCAGGAGAUUAAAACUUUUGAAUUGAGUUUCAAAUUAUCUUUAUAUUUGAUGUGUGGAGGUGUGACUAAAGCUGCAAAAACAAAAUGAUUUAUAUCCUAAAUGGUUGAAAAUUGAGCACUGAGACUGCAGGGACAUAUUCUAUACUCUAAAACUGCUUUUAUUAAGCUAGCUGUUUUGAUGCUUGGUGUCCCUUCAAACAGUUGUGUGAACAUAACAUUCAUUGUUAAUGUAUCUAAAGGAUGCAUGUCAAUGUCUCCAGCACCACCUCCAAUUACAAAAAGGAAAUAUGAAAUGGGGUUGAACAGAUUUUCAGUUGGAAUUUCAUGUUAUUGCUAGUGACCAGGGACAGAACAAAGGUUGGGUACUUAAGCUUUCUGUGAAACGUAAUAUGAUUCAAAUGUGCCCAUCUUACUAGUUUAUUUGUAACAUUUACUUAGAAUUGACUUGUGCAUUGCAGUGAUUUCAAUCUGAAUUCACUGAAGCAGAAAUGACUGACUAGGACAUUUCUUUCGUCCAUUUUUGUCCUAAAAUUUGAAAUUCUGUUCUUCUGUUUCCCUUUUACCUAAAACAUCUUGAUGACUAGAUGCAGCCUGAUAAAUGUAAAUAUAACUAUUUAAUAGAAACCGUUAGAUUUAAGUUUGCCAGUCAGAAUACCUUUUUUUUUCUGAAGGCUUUCAUAUUCUCUGCCAUGGCUAAGAACACGGUUAAAUCAAUGAUUAGAGAAGCAUUUGGGUGCUACUUCUCAGUGGAGAAUAAAAUCUUCUUUGGUGGCAAUUACCACAUGUGCUCCUGACCACUGCAGUGCUUCAACAUACCAAGCAAGUAGCAGUGGUUUUCUGCACUACAAAUGGUCAUUUUUGUCUUUCACUACAGUUACAUAUGUUGUGGGUUUCCUUUUAAAUAGUAGUGCAAAUGAUUUUUGCAUUAAAAUAGUCUGGCAAAUUAUUUUUUUAAUUUCUAUACUUGAUAUCCAUACCUCCUGAAUUUAUGGACUCUCCGUAGCACACUGCUUGAAUUGGAAACAUUGCUUCAUAAAACAACUGAGUUGGAGACCUAAAGAACCAUUCCACACCCCAAAAGCACUUCAGAUUGGUGAAGUGUUUUAUGGGUGACUAAUAUCCUAAUCUAACCCCAGUUUAUAAAAGUGAUUUCUAUGAGAAAUCGGCAUUUUAUAAAUUAAGUAGGGAACUGAUCCUGGCUGUCAAUGAGAAGCCUCUGGUUAUUUCCCUGUGAAGAGACUGAAAGUCUCUUCUGGGGAAAAGGGAGGAGGGCUUGCUAAGGCUGCAGUUCACAAGAUCUGCAGCUUUUGCAAGCUCUUUUGAGAUACACCAAUGAAUACAUGCUUGUAUUCACUGGCGAUUUAUCUACUAAAUAGUGAUAUAAUUAUUUUUUGCUCCUUUAAAUCCCUAAAUAGCCAGUUGAUUUGUUGGUUAAAAAAUUAAAUGUGUUUUUAGUAAUAAAACAAGCUUUUCUGUCUAGCUAUUUCCACAGGGGUUAAUUGAUAUAUCAAGGUAACAGGUUUUCUGUUUAAAGGACCACUAUAGUGCCAGGAAAACAAACUAAUUUUCCUGGCACUAUAAGGUCUUUAGGUACACUCCCACUGGGCUGAAGGGGUUAAACUCUUACCUUUCUCCAGUACCAGGCUCCCUCGGCGCUGGGGAACUCUCCUCCCUCUUCCGACGUCAGCUCCGAAUACGCAUGCAUGGCAAGAGCCGUGCGCAUUCAAACAGUCCAUAGGAAAGCAUUUCUCAAUGCUUUCCUAUGGAUGUCAGCGCCUUCUCACUGUGAUUUUCAGUGAGAAGUGCGGAAGCGGCUGUCAAUGAGACAGCCACUAGAGGCUGGAUUAACCCAUAUGUAAACAUAGUUUCUCUGAAACUAUGUUUACAGCUGCAGGGUUAACCCUCGAUGGACCUGGCACCCAGACCACUUCAUUGAGCUGAAGUGGUCUGGGUGCCUAUAGUGGUCCUUUAAGUGCCUGUCUUAUUUGACCAUCUUCAUUUUUAAGCCUUGUUUAAAGUGUCUUAUUUGUACAUAGUAAUGUUUUACUGUCUUGUGUCCACAGGAAACCUGUGUAUGGUGACUGGAGGAGCCAACUUGGGUCGUGUUGGUGUCAUCACCAACAGAGAGAGGCACCCUGGCUCAUUUGAUGUGGUCCAUGUGAAGGAUGCCAACGGUAACGGCUUCGCCACCAGGCUGUCUAACAUUUUUGUCAUUGGAAAAGUGAGUUAUCUCUCUUCUACAUAAGUGUUGACAAUCACAUUACUAAAAUGAUAAGCUGUUUUGCAUGCUGGCAUCUUUGUGUCCCGGGGUUUGACAUGCAUUUUUGGCUGCAAACUGAAUAUGGCAAAUAUUUUUCUAGGACAGAGGAAGUUGUGUGUGUGGUUAUUUUUUAAUGUAGUGUUAUCUGAGCAGGAACCAGAAUUAACCCUUUUAGGUGUUGCUGUAGGGUUUGACAAGCCUGUAGUUUUCAGUAGAACUAACCCAUCGUGUUCCCUUUUAAAUGUGUUGGAUCUAUAUAAAAGUUUUACUUGAUCAGGUAAUCUACUUUUUUAAAAGUUUGUACCAUCUGUGCCAUGCAGCACCAUUUUAUUGUUGCGGGGGUGCUAACUGCAUGGGAAGGUGGUUUUAUCAGCAACUGGGUUAAAUACUUGCAAAAACAUAUUAUUUAGGGAUAUAAUUUUAAGAAGUGCGCUAAGUUUUUUGCUGCAAGGAAAGAUCGGACUGCUAUGCUGAGGUCGAGAGGGACUUUUUCCUAGUUUGUUUCAACUUAAAGCAGCAAUGUCCUGCUGAACUUACCUUUCCCUAAUCACUUCUCUCUCAGGAUCUGUACUUCAUUUCUUCCUGUCUGCUCUAGUUUUCUUUAAAACAUAAAACAAAGUAGGGACUAUUUUGUCUUAUGUAUAUUUCCUACACAUGACCAGCAGAGCUGGUCCUCCGUGAUUUCGCAAUGUCUCCUUUACUAUUCCCGAACAUCCUAAAGAUUACUUGGUAUUAGUAAUUAAUCUGCCCCUACUUGCUAUAUCGCGAGUGGGGGCAUGUCUAGUAAACCUGCCAUGGUUGGGCAUCUCUUAACUAGUGUAUGUUGUCUCGGUCCACCCACCCCCCUAGGACUUGUGGGGCUAUUCAACUAAACUGGGGACAUAGGGUCCUCCUUGGCCCCCAUCAAUGGGGGGGAAACCUAUUGUUCUCCCCCCGGUAGUCACCCAUGAGCGUCGGGUGGGGGCCCUAAAUGAAAGGGGGGGCUAUUGUCCUCCUCUGGCCCCAACCCAGAGGCGACGGGGGGAGGGGCUAAAUGUAAAUCCCCUAGUCGCCCCCUCCCACCAACCAAAAAAAGUAAUUAAAAUUAAAUAGUUAAUAUGGGGGGCAAUUUGACAUAGGGAGGGGGGUUAAAAAAGGCAGAGAGAUAACAAAUUCAUAAACUAUAACAUUGCUAAAUAAGCUAUAACAAAUGUGACUUCCUUAUGAAACUCUAUAUAGACAUGACUCAUCAAAGACUGAUUUAUUUAUUAAUUUUUAUAUUUUACCCCCUCUCGUCUCUAGGGUAACAAGCCAUGGAUCUCACUGCCUCGUGGAAAGGGUAUCCGCCUGACCAUUGCCGAGGAAAGAGACAAGAGACUUGCAGCCAAGCAGACCAGUGGUUGAACGCCAUCACUUUCCUUUAUAAAAUAAAUCUCUUUACCAAUAAGCAUGUGGUCUGUUUGUUUUAUUUAUUUAUUUUGAACUGUAUUUCUACUAGCUAUUUCCAUUGUGGUGUAGCUCUUAUUUAUAUUUGUGUUGCUGUG